GUCCAUGCAGCUGCCAAAACAGCUUUAAGAGAAAAGCACAGACACUUUGUGUAGUAGUUUUGGUUAGCCUGUUUAUUGUGGUUUAUGGCACUCGGAGCAGACAUUUAUUUAAGUAGACUUACAAAACACGAUGGCUGAUGGUGAGAAUGUGAAUGCUGAGGUCCCACCGGUCCCUGAGCCACAGCUCCCAAACACUGCUGCAGCUGGUCGUAACCUGAGAGGAUGGCUUCAGGAGCAGUUCGGUGACAGGCCUCUGGAACAGUGCGAGGACAUGAGUCUGCAUAAUGCUGCCCAUGUUGGAGACCUAGACACUCUCAAGACCCUCCUACUAGAAGACCGCUUCAAACAGCAGAUCAAUGAGAAGUUGAUUUGGUCCUGUGGGUGGCUGCCCUGCACGCCGCUACGUAUUGCUGCCAUGAUGGGUCACAGCGAGUGUGUGGAGUACCUGAUCUCUCAGGGAGCUGCAGUGGACCUGGUGGAUGUGAAGGGUCAGACUGCUCUGUACAUGGCUGUGGUUAAUGGACAUCUGGACUGUGUGAAGAUCCUUUUGAAAGCCGGUGCUGAUCCGAAUGGCAGCAUUCAUCACCGGAGCACCCCGAUAUACCACGCUGCACAAGUGGGCCGAGUGGACAUUCUAUUAGAGCUGAUCAGGUUCAAUGCUGAUGUUGAUAUUGACCACCGGUUGGAUCAGAGGUCUAUGUUCGGCAUGCGCACUUUGACAACUCUGGCAGCCUGUCCACUGUUCAUCAGCGCUGCUUACCAUCACCUCCCCUGCUUCCGGAUGCUUCUGAAUGCCGGUGCCAACCCCAACUACAACUACAAUGGCCCCGUGAACAGGGAAGCACUGGUCAGGGGCCGGGCCUGCUGUAUGCUGGAUGCAGUUCUGAUACUCGGAUGUGAACCAGCCUUUGUUAGAUUACUGCUGGACCACGGCGCUGACCCGUAUCUAGUCCCCUGGAACGAUCCUGACACCAUGGUUCGCAUAAAAGUCAACGCUGAAACCCUUCGCAUCUACCAGGAAGCCAAGAGAAACCCAAGGAGAUUGAUGAGCCUGUGCCGCAUUACUAUCCGGGAGAUCAUGGGCAAGAAGUGUUUAUCAUGUAUCUCUUCCCUUCCACUGCCAGAAACCGUCAUAAAAUUUUUGUUUCACAAGGACUGACCAUGUAGACGGUCAAAUUAACUCAAGUGUGCAAGUGACCUUUCGCUCUCCAACACUGCUUACACGGAAACCAGUGACUUCCACAAGGCUGGCAGCUGUAAUGGUAAGUGUUGAUUUUGGGGUGGAAAUCUGUGGAAUGGAUUUCUGGUAAAAAUGUGUUAAAUGGAGCUGAGAGUACUGUACUCUUAUUGUGAGUUGAAUGCAUAAGCAUAUUAGCAAAAACGUUAAAUAUAUGCACUGCUGCUGCCAUUUUAAGAGAGUUUUACAUACUCUUCCUUGCACUGUGCCAAAGAACACGAUUACCUGUAGUAAAAUCACUGUAACGCACUGCCUUUUGUGGCUCAUUGCUUUAAUGACUUUUGAAUAUUAUUAGAUUAUGAUAUCGGUGAUAUGUUUUCAUAUCACCUACAUUUGAUUAUAUUGCUGAAAGUUGCCUUACAUAUUCUCUGUAAUCUUUUUUUGCAAUAUUGGUAAUGUGAAGAAUUUGUACUUCUCUACUUUAUGGAAGUAGCUUCUACUUUACUUGAAUAUUUCAGUUUGUUGCGACUUAUGUUUUCCAGAUAAAUAUUUUUUACUUUAAGAGAUUCUGAUUGUCUCAUUAUUCUUUACCCUGAUUAAAAUGUUUGUUUCAUUAUUUGAUUCACUACUUAAAAGAGCGGAGUGGAAAAAUAGAAAUGUUUUGAAACAUUACAAACAUCACUUUUACUGUAUCCUUGCUGAAUAAAAGUAUUAGGUUCUUGAAAUAAAUCAUUUCAGGAUUUUAAAUGGUGGUGUAUAUAUUAUUUAUUGUAAUUUUAAUAAUUUUUUCAACUCAAUUUAGUUUCAUUGUGUACUAUUAUUAUUAUUAUAAUAUUGUCUCAUUAUGUUUUACUGAAGUAAA